AUGGCCCAAGCCCCAGUAGUACCUGGGGCAUUACUACUUGAUGCACAAGGCUUAAACCAGCAGCCGGCUCUUCAGCCAGUUCCCGUUGCCAGUCGAGAGGGAGGGGAGGGCCAUGUGGGAUCCCGCUUAGCAGCCUCUCCAUCUGGCCCCACCCCCUCCCCAACCACACCAGAAGGAAUCGAUUGUUAUGGUAAUGAGCGACAGGCCCUGGGCAACAUGGCAAAAUUCUUCAACACAGCCAAGCUGAGUGACAUCAUCUUGAAAGUAGGCUCCAGCAGGUUCUUUGCUCAUAAACUUGUGCUUGUGCGGGCUAGUGAUGUCUUUGAGAGAAUGCUCAGUGUUGAUUGGUCAGAUCCCACUAAAAAGGAGUUGGAGUUGGUGGAGGAAGCUGUGUGUGUGGAGGUGUUCCCACGAUUCCUGCGCUUCCUUUACAGCUGUCACAUCAACCUGACCUUGGACAACACCUUACCCAUCCUAAUCCUUGCAGACAAGUACAACGUGGAAGACCUCCGACUUGUGUGUAUCAACUUUGCUUGUACUUACAUCAUUCCUAAGCUGCAGCUUAAAGACGUCUUCCACACCUGGUUUCAGUAUGCCACCAAGGGCACCUGUCACCAGAAGCUGGUGGUGUCAUCGGUUAAGGCACUGUCGGAGCGUAUGGACGACAUCAUGUUGUCUGCGGAAUGGGACCAGGAGUGGGUAAGUCUGGACAAGGACCAGCUGAUUGAGAUUCUCCGUAGCUCAGACCUUAUGGUGAAAGACGAGUACGAACUUUGGAAGGCCGUCCUGAAAUGGCUCCAUUCUCCCUCUCAUCACUCCCGCACUGUCCAGCAGAUGGCGCUGCUCACUGAACUCAUGGUACACAUACGCUUUCCUAUGAUGAGCCCAGACCAGCUGACUGCUAUUGAGACAAGCUCACUCGCGCAGCAGUUCCCUGAGCUUUUCCAGCCAUACUGUCUCAUGGCAUACAAGUACCAUGCUCUACCGCUCACAUCACGCUCUGCUAUCCGUGAGUUCUACUCUGCCAGUUUCCUGAUGAGGAACUACACGGACCUGCGCUGGGACAAGAGGCUAGCUAUUGCUAGUCUGUCAGAGGUGCAGAAGGGCACGGAGGUGAGUCUGCGCUUCUCCACGCGCGCCUCUACAUUCCCAGCACAGACCUGGGAGUGGGAACUAAAAGUCCACCCCAAGGGCUUCUCCUCAACAGCAGAAGACUUCCGUGUGAGUCUGUGCUCCAACCUCAUCCUUGAUCAACCCCGACCUGUAGAGUACUGGCUCUCUGUGGUGGGUCGGGACCGCAUCAUCCACACAGUCAGUGGUAAGAAGAACUUCUCUAAAACCCGCUACACCAUGGACACAGAGAUGGACAAGAAGAUCUCAGUCUCUGACUUAUCUUGCCCAAACAGCACCCUGCUUGUUGAUGACGCACUUAUCUUCCAGAUCGUGAUUAAACCUGUGGAGUGAAUUUAAGAAAGAGUGAUACUUUAUCAUACAGGUGCUGACUGACUGUUGACAUGUUGACAUCUUUUCCAGAUUCUCACAAUCAAGAUUUUGUCUUUUUUGCUGGAAAGAGAAUAUUUCCUGUGUGCAUCUGUUAACAUGCAUGAGAAACCUCUGGCACUGAAGUCACAAAUUUGUGUUCUUGUUACCUGCACAAGGGGAUUGUGUUGAAAUUUGCACACAAGCAACAAAGUAUGUUUACAUCGACAAAAAAGGCUUAUAUGGUCUGGGUUUUAUUCCAAUAUAUUUAUAUUAUGCUAAACAGUGUACAGUCAGUAUAAAUUUACAUGUUUAUCAACUUUGCUUAUAUUGCCUAAAUACCACUUGUCUCAUACCAAAGAAAAUAUGCCAAGUUCUCCUUUAAAUGUCCAGGUACCAGUUGCUGUUGUUAUGUUCCUCAUAUUCAGCAACUCGUCAGUGACAUGAGCUUCAGCUUUGAUCAUGGAGAAUACAGUGAGGAUACAGGUUUAUACGGGGUUAUUUAUGUCAGUCUCCUAAUUUUGCGUUGUGCUUCCUGGACACAUACACAUAUGUAUGUUUGACAGUUUGUCCAUAAUUUAUCCAACACAGAUUUAAUAGUCAACUUAUAAUGUGAUAUAAUGUACUGGUUGAAAUUGUUUAUUUAUUGUGAAUUUAGUGUAUUCCCAGUAAGGCUAAUACUUAUGUGAUUUUCACAUUUCCUGUUUGUUUUACCUAUAUGUUAAUUGCUUUCUUCUGUUUAUGGGAGACUUGAGGACAAGGUACACAGAAGGUCCAAAUGACAUAAAACGCAUCGUUUCUUUUCUGUGACGUUGCAGCACGA